CUCUUUAGUUGGCAUCUGUUUAUUGGAGUACUAGCUGUACAGUUAAGGCUUUAUUGCUUUGCAAAACCUCAGUGCUGGAGAAAUGGAACGGGAAUAUCUGGUACCUAGGGGAGUUCUGUAUAGCAUAGUCCAGCUGAUCCUAUAGGUUAGCUCGUAUUCUGUCGUUUAGAUACUCUGUGUGUAUUAACGCUAGGUAGGGCGUUUAGUGAGGUGUGCGUUGAUAAAGUUUGCGAUAAACAUGGUGAAUGUCCCCAAGACACGUCGGACCUACUGCAAGAAAUGUGGCAGGCAUCAGCCACACAAAGUGACACAAUACAAGAAGGGCAAGGACUCUCUGUAUGCCCAGGGAAAAAGGCGUUAUGACCGCAAACAAAGUGGCUAUGGUGGCCAAACCAAGCCAAUUUUCAGGAAGAAGGCUAAGACCACAAAAAAGAUUGUCUUGAGACUGGAGUGUGUCGACUCAAACUGCCGAUCAAAGAGAAUGUUGGCAAUCAAGCGAUGCAAGCACUUUGAAUUGGGAGGGGACAAGAAGAGAAAGGGUCAAGUCAUCCAGUUCUAAGUUGCAUAUGUAGUUUCUACAAAUUGCAAUAAAAUUCUUAUCACUA